AUGUCUCUUCCCAAGGACUUCCUCUGGGGUUUCGCCACCGCCGCUUACCAAAUCGAAGGCGCCAGUGAAAAAGACGGUCGUGGCCCCUCCAUCUGGGACACCUUCUGCGCCAUCCCCGGCAAGAUCGCCGACGGCAGCUCCGGCGCCGUAGCCUGCGACUCGUACAACCGCGCCGGCGAGGACAUCGCCCUCCUCAAGGAGCUCGGCGCCUCCGCCUACCGAUUCUCCAUCUCGUGGAGCCGAAUCAUCCCCCUCGGCGGCCGGAACGACCCCGUCAACCAGGCGGGUAUCGACCAUUACGUCAAGUUCGUCGAUGACCUCACCGACGCGGGAAUUACGCCCUUCGUCACACUGUUCCAUUGGGAUCUCCCCGAUGGUCUGGAUAAGCGAUAUGGUGGGCUUCUUAACCGUGAGGAGUUCCCUCUUGAUUUCGAGCACUAUGCCCGGACCGUGUUCAAGGCUCUUCCCAAGGUGAAGCACUGGAUCACCUUUAACGAGCCCUGGUGCUCCGCCAUUCUUGGUUACAACACGGGUUUCUUCGCCCCCGGCCACACGUCGGACCGUACCAAGUCCGCCGUCGGCGACUCGGCCCGCGAGCCCUGGAUUGCCGGACACAACAUGCUCGUCGCCCACGGCCGAGCCGUCAAGGCCUACCGCGAGGAAUUCAAGCCCACCAACGGCGGAGAGAUCGGCAUCACGCUGAACGGCGACGCCACGUACCCUUGGGACCCCGAGGACCCCGAGGACGUGGCGGCGUGCGACCGCAAGAUCGAAUUCGCCAUCUCGUGGUUCGCUGACCCCAUCUACUUUGGAAAGUAUCCGGACUCGAUGCUUGCACAGCUCGGGGACCGUCUGCCCACUUUCACGGAUGAGGAACGCGCUCUCGUGCAGGGUUCCAACGACUUCUACGGCAUGAACCACUAUACGGCUAACUACAUCAAGCACAAGACGGACACGCCCCCCGAGGACGAUUUCCUCGGAAACCUGGAGACUUUGUUCGAGUCCAAGAACGGCGACUGCAUCGGUCCCGAGACCCAGUCCUUCUGGCUCCGUCCUAACCCCCAGGGCUUCCGCGACCUGCUCAACUGGCUCUCCAAGCGCUAUGGUCGUCCCAAGAUCUACGUCACUGAGAACGGCACGUCGAUCAAGGGCGAGAACGACCUGCCUAGGGAGCAGAUUCUUCAGGAUGACUUCCGCGUCGAGUACUUCGACAGCUACGCCAAGGCCAUGGCGGACGCCUACGAGAAGGACGGCGUCGAUGUCAGGGGUUAUAUGGCCUGGUCGCUUCUGGAUAACUUCGAAUGGGCUGAGGGAUACGAGACGAGAUUCGGGGUAACUUUUGUGGACUAUGCCAAUGGCCAGAAGAGAUAUCCGAAGAAGAGUGCCAGGUCUUUGAAGCCGUUGUUCGAUUCUUUAAUAAAGAAGGAUUAG